CUGAGAAGGAGGAGUAUUGCCUACUGCAGAACAUAGAAGACGUUUUACUUUACCACAUCUCGACUCGUGAGCUGACCGUUUAACAGAUAUCAUGUUCGUUUGAAGGAGAAAACGGAUUCCACACUGCUUUUACGGCCCUACAGUACCUGAGGCAGUGGAAAUCUGGGGAGACGAGCAUCCACAGGAGAUGAAGAGGUGACAUUCUAAACGUUCAGAGAAAGGAAUAGAACCGGACUUGGCACUGAGCCUUGGGAGACCCCCAUCCUUUUUUUUGGUACUGGACUAGUUGCUGCAACACCCUCACCAUUGCCCCCCAAGCGGCGUUCUUGUUCUUCACUACAUUCUCCGCUGCCUGCAGGGCAUCCAGAGAGAACCAGGGCCUCCGGACCCGCUCCGAGCUCAGCAGCAGCACAGCAGGGAUGAGCGAGUUCUGGCACAAGAUUGGCUGCUGCGUGGUGGCCAAACCUCCACCGAGAAAGAGGCGGAGGAAAAUCGACCGCAGCAUGAUCGGCGAGCCCACAAACUUUGUCCACCUGACACACAUUGGCUCUGGGGAGAUGGCAGCGGGCCGGGCCCCGUCAGGGCCGGUUCAGGAACAGAUGAGGUCAAAGGGACCCAGUGCCAACGGCCGCAAGAGCAUGUUAUAGCUGCUGCCUACCAAGCAUGGAGGACCAUUUCCAUCACCCUCAAUGCGCCCCCUCUCAUCCCAUCCCAAAUCAAAAGCAGCCACUGCAGCGCAACCUGUUUCCAAUGGAUUAUUUGGCAAACCUGAGACAGUUCCUAAUAGAGAGCAGAGAGGCUCUUCCUGAUGUCUGCAGGAUCCAUUUAGCCAAACAGGACGAUGCCCUUUCUGUGGUUACCACAAUAAUCACCCUGCUCAGAGGAGGAUAGACAGACAUGUUUUUUAAAGAAAAGUAUUUGUCUUUCUGAUAGACUUUGGACUUCCACUGUAUUUCAGCCAACAACGUUUCUGUGUCCAUGCCAGCAAGCGUGUGUGAGAGAGCCGGUGAGAGUGCUUUGCAAAAUGUGUUGACUAACAUGGCUGAUUCAUUUCAGGAAGUGAAGAUUAUGUUCUCAACGGAUCACCUGAAUGUUGCAAACCAUUGACCUACUGCCAAACAAUUAGUAUACAAAAUAUUUUGCGUAUCUGUCUAAUGAAUGAGGAUGCACCUUUAUUUUUCUACAGUGCAUAGUUAAAGAUGUGUGUGUGUGUGUGCAAAAUGCUAUGUGAUUUUAUUGCUGUUUAGAUGCCAGUACUGAGCAGUGUUAUUCUGAUUGUGCCAUUUGCCAUAGAACCCCAUUUGGACUGCUACCCAGUUGCAAGCAUACAGGUAACUGCCAAGAUAAAGGAAACCCCAACAUAAAGUGUCUUAAUAGGGCGUUGGGCCACCACGAGCCAGAACAGCUUCAAUGCACCUUGGCAUAGAGUCUACAAGAGUCUGGAACUCAAUUGGAGAGAUGCGACACCAUUCUUCCACAAGAAAUUCCAUCAUUUGGUGUUUUGUUGAUGGUGGGGGAAAACUCUGUCUCAGGCUCCGCUCCAGAAUCUCCCAUAAGUGUUCAAUUGGGUUGAGAUCUGGUGACUGAGACGGCCAUGGCAUGUGGUUUACAUGGUUUUCAUGCUCAUCAAACCAUUGUGUAUUGUCAUCCUGGAAGAGACCACUCCCAUCCGGAUAGAAAUGCUUCACCCUAGGUUGAAGGUGAUCACUCAGAAUGUCUGUGUACUUAUUUCCGUUUACCUUGCCCUCUAAGGGGUUGAGUGGACCUAAACCAUGCCAGGAAAAUGCACCCCACACCAUAACAGAGCCGCCAGAACCCUCAUUUACUCAAGUGUUUCCUUUAUUAUAGCAGUUACCUGUAGCUGGUCACUGUGAUACCCAAUUUACUGGCACCUACUCUGAAAACCCCAAACUAUUAGUCAGCGGGGAGAGUCUGUUAGUAACAGGGGUUGUUGUUGAAAUUGGAAACACCCUGACCGUUACGGGGCUUUUCAGUCAUCUAUCCUGGAAUUACUCGGGAAUGCCACUCAUUAAAUCAACUGCAUCGAAGGAACAUUCCAUAAGGUUGUUUUUUCUCUUGUCUGGGGGGGAUGACAUACAUACGAUAGUGACAUACAUUCUGAAACCAGGUGGGGGUUUUAAAAAAUCUGACCUGUAUUUCUGACCUGCUUAGUAUUCACAAUCUAUUGUGAAUAACUCAUCACUCUGUAGUUUGUUGCUAAUAUUGGAUAUUAAGUGUCCACAGGGGGAAAAACUGUCACUGUUUGAAUUGUAAUGUUUUUAAUAUUGUAUCUUAUGUGAUUUUGCUACACCAUUAUCCUAUGCCAGAGCAUAUGGAUAGUGUCGUACAUGUACAGUAUGUUGUCCUUUCACUAAUACCUUAUCUGUUUUAUACACUGGGCCUAAUGUUUACUUAAUGCUGAAGACAGCUGAAGGGGUGACUUUGCAUAUUGCUUUGUGACUUUCCUAUCUUUGUUAGAGCAUGUCAUUCUCAGCCCAACAGAAUGACUGCUGCCUUGAAGUUUCUUGUACAAUGUACAUUGGUAACGUCAGUAAUUUGAGUCUGUCUGUUGGCAUUUUAAGUUUCUUUCCUAUCUUUAUCAUGAUUGUUAUUAGACCAAAGCUUAAGUUCAAAAGAAAUUAUUUGUGCAACCUCUUGGUUUUUACUGAAAAUACAGUUCACAUUCUGAAUAUAAUUCUGUGUGAGUAAUCUCUUCUGUUGCUGACGGUGAAUCUGAAUGUUAUCACCAAAUAAAUGUGUUACUCAAUUUUCA